GGUCUCAUGUCAGUUGCAAAAGAGGAAGCUGUUGCCUUUGACUGUUUCCGAGCCUUGAAAAAGGUGGGGCUGGCAGCAGUGGAAAAUAACUUUUGCAGCAAAAGCAAGAGUGUGGGGUUUGGCUGGAGGGAUGGAUUUGUGGAAGCAGUGCGCCAACUGGCUCAUCCAGUGCCGGGUGUUGCCCCCCAACCAUCGGGUGACUUUUGAGGGUGCCCAGGUCUGUGACUUGGCCCAGGCCUUGCGUGAUGGUGUCCUGCUCUGUCAGCUUCUCAACAACCUCAUGCCUCAUGCUGUCAACUUGCGGGAGAUCAAUCUGCGGCCCCAAAUGUCCCAGUUCCUGUGCCUCAAGAACAUCCGAACCUUCAUCAGCACUUGCUAUGAGAAGUUUGGUUUGCGGAAGAGUGAUCUUUUUGAGGUCUUUGACUUGUUCGAUGUCAAGGAUUUUGCAAAGGUGAUUGACACCUUAUCAAUAUUGUCAUGGACACAAAUUGCCCAGAACAAAGGGUUCAUGCCAUUCCCUACUGAAGACAGCAUUGCUGAUGAUGAAAUAUACAGUGGCCUAUCGGAUCAGAUUGAUGACACCAUGGAUGAAGAUGAUGACCUCUAUGACUGUGUGGAGAAUGAGGAGGCAGAAGGGGAUGAGAUUUACCAGGACCUGAUGAGAUCAGAGCAAGGGGUCAUGACAAGAAUGAGUGAACUGGAUAAAAGGAAAUGCUGUCUUCAAGAGAUCCAACAGACUGAGGAGAAAUACACCAGUACCCUAGAAUCUAUAAACCAGCAUUUUUUGAAACCCCUGCAGCUGUUUUUGCAACCUCAAGACUUAGAGAAUAUUUUUAUUAACAUAGAGGAACUCUUGAAGGUUCAUCGGUGCUUUCUAGCAGAUCUGAAAAGUGCUUUGUCUUUUAGCAAUGCCCAGAGCCUUUACCAAGUAUUCAUCAGGUACAAAGAAAGGUUCUUACUAUAUGGACGAUACUGUAGCCAGAUAGAAGCAGCCACUAAAUACUUAGACCAGAUCACCAAUACCAGUGUGGAUGUGCGCAUGAAACUGGAGGAAUGUUCUCAAAGAGCCAAUAAUGGCCGCUUCAGCUUACGUGACCUCCUCAUGGUACCCAUGCAACGGGUACUAAAAUACCAUCUGCUUCUGCAGGAGCUGAUAAAAUAUACAGUGGAACCAUCUGACAAGGAGAACCUGAGGCUGGCCCUCGAUGCUAUGAGGGAUCUGGCUCAGUGCAUAAAUGAGGUCAAAAGAGACAAUGAAACACUGAAACAAAUCACUAAUUUCCAGCUCUCUAUUGAGAACCUGACACAAUCCCUCGCUCACUUUGGAAGGCCAAAGAUUGAUGGCGAAGUCAAGAUUAUCAGUGGGGAGAAGCGCUCCAAAAUAGACAGGUAUGCCUUCCUCCUGGAUAAAGCUCUUCUCAUCUGCAAGCGAAAAGGAGAUUCAUAUGAAAUGAAGCAGUUUGUUGAUUUGUCCAACUACCAAGUUCAAGAUGACUCUUCUGUAGUGAAGGACAAUAAGAAGUGGAGUCACAUGUUUCUCCUAAUUGAACUUACUGGAUCUUCAGGCUAUGAACUGUACUUCAAGACACGGGAAUUGAAAAAGAAGUGGAUGGAACAAUUUGAAAUGGCCCUUUCUAAUAUCUACCCUGAAAAUGCUAUGGCAAAUAGACAUGAAUUUCACAUGUACUCCUUUGAGGAUACAACUUCUUGCAAAGCUUGUCAGAUGCUGCUGAGAGGGACCUUCUACCAGGGCUAUCGCUGCAGCAAAUGCCGAUUACCUGCUCACAAGGAAUGUCUAGGCCGAGUAUCACCCUGUGGGAAGUCCAGCUCAGAAUCAGGAUCUACCAUGAAGAAGAAUAAAUCCAAUCGACAUGCAGCAGAGAGAGAGAGAAUGGAUAUGGGGCUUCCCAAGCUGGAAGUGUGCCAAGAAUAUUAUGGUCUUCCUCCACCACCUGUGGCAUUUGGCCCAGCACUGAAGCUCAGUGUGGGGGAUAUUGUGGAGCUAAGCAAAGCCGAAGCAGAGCAGCUGUGGUGGCAGGGAAGGAACACAUCUACCAAUGAAGUUGGCUGGUUUCCUUGCAAGAAAGUGAAGCCUUACGUCUCUACUCCUCCUCCAGAUCUAUCAGUUCAUCUUUGGUAUGCAGGACCCAUGGAGCGGGGAGAAGCAGAACAAAUUCUUUCGACUCGUUCAGAUGGGACUUAUCUGGUGCGGCAGAGAAUCAAGGAUGCAACAGAAUUUGCCAUCAGCAUCAAGUCCAACAAUGAAGUCAAGCAUAUCAAAAUCCAGACCAAGGAUGGUUUAUACCGCAUCACAGAUAAGAAAGCCUUCAAAGGACUCACAGAACUGGUGGAGUAUUACCAAGAGAACUCCCUGAAGGAUUGUUUCAAGACCCUUGAUACUGUACUCCAGUUCUCUUUCAAAGAACCAGAAAGGAAAAAUGUGGCCAGGCCAUCCGGGAAAGCUUUGAAGUAUUUCGGUUCAGUCAAGGCUCGCUACAAUUUCUGUGCACGAGAUCGAACCGAACUGUCCCUCACAGAGGGAGAUAUCAUAAAGAUUCUGAGUAAGAAAGGGCAACCAGGAUGGUGGAAGGGAGAGAUCUAUGGCCGGGUUGGUUGGUUCCCAGCAAAUUAUGUGGAAGAGGAUUACUCAGAAUAUUGCUGAAGGUACCAUUUCUUUGGCAGAGCACCCAGGAACAAUAAUCAGAAUCCAUCACCUUGCUUUUAAGAGCCAUUGCUGUUGAAAAACUACAAUUAUUUAUGAACUCUCUUUAGUCCUCCUGCUCCAUCCCCCAUCAGUCCCUGACUACUGUGUGUUCUUGUGUCUAAUAAAAUGGGUGGGUAAUACGAA